GGAGAGAGGAAGGAGGAAGAGGUAAAGAAUGGACGAGUCAAGUCUGGAGCCAAGCUGGCUGCACGAGAAGGGGCUCGACAUCGCGUUUACAAACGGCCACUCUUUGGUGGGGACGCGGUUAAGCUUAUAAGGCGGCAGAACACAGUUGCCGGGACCAAUAGUUGCAAAACGUUGAUUGUGUCGCGUGCAACAAAAAUACUUCUGUCCGCGAUCAGUUUCGCAACAAAUCAGCUACGUCUCGAAACGAGCCGAACCGAACUGACGGAUAUUAAUCUUCCGGGAUCGACGUUCCUGAUCUUAGGGCUAGUGAUUCGAAUACGGUGGUGAACAAUCGCAUUGUAACGUUCGCGUUACAACCACGAAAGGAACCUGUUGAUUCUUCGCCCGUUUCACGGACCAUCACCUUCGAUAUCUCCAAGGAAGAAGAAUUCAGGACAAAGAGCGCGGUUUAUCCAUCACAUGACAAAGAGGAUCAAGGGAAUGACGGGAAGGUCCAGCGCAAAACGGACGAGCCUGUGUCUGCUGGCACUGUUGUUCUGCCUCUCCGGCGACAAUCUCCUGUUGGUCGUUGGAGAGCCAGAACCGAUCCCCUCAGAGCUGUUGUAUAGCGAAAGCUUAAUCAACAACGCCGAGAAUCUCAUACUGUACAACAGGCUGAAGCAAGUGAUCAAGGAACAGAAAGACGUGGAAGAGAGGAAGAAGGAGUUGGACGAUAUGGAGGUGGUGAUCGAAACUGUGCUGGAAUCAAGGACGAAACCCAAGACGAGUAACGGCGAUUACAUCGAGGAACUUCCGACGCCCAACGCGAUUAUCAGUCCGCGCCCCGCGAAACGUACCUCGAUCAGCUAUAUGGCCCUGUGCCACUUCAAAAUCUGCAACAUGGGACGGAAGCGACAGCUACACAAUUAAAAAUAUAAAUGAAACGUAAUGGUUGGCGGACGACGACCACGUCAAGAGAAUGGUCGAGAGCCUCUUGCACGGUGCCGCACCCUUUCUGCCUCGAAAAAACGAUGCGAAACCCGCGUGCAAAAGACGUGAUACGGGAACGGAGGGCCACCGGGAAGAUAUUUCUCAGUGGGACGGAAUUGGUGCAACGUGUGAACAAAAUAAGGACGCGAGAUCAUUAUUUCCAAUUGGCCGAUAAAAACACACUUUGCAAACAGCCAUGGAUGUUCGAUCAACUCUUACUUGCAAAAUGGAAAAUCGCUUCGGAUGUUUCCGAAGACUUUCUUGGAAACCUUUACGGAUUACCUAGGAACCUUCCUUAGGGAGGCAUAGAAUGAAAAUUUCUCAACGACACCGUCUUUUUUGAAUAUCCUUUUUCGUCCAACAAACUCACGUUGUUGCCCUAACUACACUUAUCAUUUUCUUUCUUUUCUUAUUGCUUGUUUGCUCGAUCGAGAGACGAGAGGACUGUGACUCCGACUGGCUCGGAUCGAGUCCCGAUUACCGAAAGAAUUAUUGAUGAUGUGGCAAGCAACACGGUGAGGAACGAUAAUGCACACGCGUUUCGCUCGUUAGUAUUCUCUAGUAUAUACGUAAUUUCAUACGUUCGAGGACACUACAUUCCCACGUUUUAAUUUUCUUUAUCAAACUUCUUAAGACAACGGCCUAGGGAGAUGAAUGCCUAGGGCUUUAUCUUCGAAGUCUCGACAACGGAAGAGCACUAAUUUUAAUUAACGAUCCUAAACAUGCUCUGAAGAAAUAUAUAGAAUUUAUUUCAAACAAUUGCGUUGCAAUUUCAAACGCGUUGAAAAAAAAAAAAUUGUGGAAUUAUCUGGGAACGGAUAGACGAUGAAAAAAAUGAUCCAAGAAUUUAAUACGAAAAUUAUAUUACCUCACUCGUUAUCAAUGUGGUGGGUACACGGAUAAGAAGAUGAUUUAAACGUUUCAUUAUCUUUUUUCUUUUUUUUUUUUCUUUCUUUUUUGAUACGAUUUUUAUUGCACUCGUGGUUUUAUAUCUCUGAACGAUUGCACAAUUUUUUCUCGUUUCGAAAACACGCAGCGAAAGAAAAAGAGAAUGAAAAAUAUCGAUCUUAUUUCAGAGUGAAAUGUCCUCGACCAGCCAUCGAUCGAUAAUCGAAAUGGCGGAUAGGUAUUUAUACGUUAGCUUUAAGUGAGAAGGGUGCAAGGACCGAGGCUUCGAUAUUCUCGAGAUUGUCUACAAAAGAAAAAUAAUAAGAAGAAAACAUCGUGCAUACCGACGGUAAAAGUUCUAUUCGUUGAUUACGAUCUUCAAAUUUCUCUCUCUCUCUCUUUCUCGCUUUCUUUCUGGAUCGCAUGCAUCUCGACGAAUUAAACUAACUAUGUCUUGUCUAUUCUAAAAUGAACACUGCAGAAAAAGUACAAAAAUAAAUGAGGAUAAGGUUGAAAGAGAAACAGCAAAAAAGAACGUAUUCUUUUUUAUAACGAAAUAGUUUUCUUCGAAAGAGAUAUUUCUUUUCUCUUUGAUUCGACGUUAAUGAAGGAAUCUGUGCAUCAACGAUGACGUGAACGAAUUCAGACAGGGAAAGAGAGGCCGCCUGCACCCUUCGAUAAAUUAUUUAUAUUUGUUUCGUGAAAAGAAACGUAAUCCUUUUUUAUUUAUUUAACCCCUAUCCUAAAGACCGUUACUUUUUAUUAACGCAACCCCCCGCCCCUCGAUUAUGAGAACGCAUCAACAAUUGUAUUUUAUACACGACUAGACGUCGAUUAUUUUCUACGGACAUAUUAUUUUCACUAUUUAUAAUUUAAAUGUAUACUACGUGUAUCCACGUGAAAUCUUUCAUAAAUCAUAUCUCAACAGAAACGAUAUACCCCUCUGUUACUGUGUCACAUCUUUAGAUACGAUAUCGCUUUGAUUUCGAGUUAUAUCGAGUCGAAUCGAGAUGUUGACAUUGCAGUAUUGUGCAACUUCAAAACACGAAAGACAACAAACGUUGCAUCAUCGCGUAAUUCGUAAUGAUAAUGUAACGAAAACGAUAGCAACAAUAAAAAGAUUGUAAUCGUGUAUACUGUAUAUAUCUAAUUAUCUGUUGUUAUUAUUAUUUAGUUGGAAACGAUCGCAAUCCCUCGAAAUAAACUGUACGUGGAAA